CUAAGGAACUAGAAGCCUCUAGAACCUUCCGGGCACCAUAAGCGGAAGCUACUACUAAUGGACCUCGUGGCGAAGCUGGCGUCGGAGCGUGCGGUGGUGGUGUUCACGGCGAGCGAGUGCGGCAUGUGCCACGCCGUGACGUCGCUCCUGUGCAACCUGGGCGUGAACGCGGCCGUGCACGAGCUGGACAGGGACCCCCGGGGCCGGGAGAUGGAGCGCGAGCUCGCCAGGAGGCUUGGCGGCGGCCGCGGCGCCCCCUCGGUGCCAGCGGUGUUCGUGGGCGGGAACCUCGUCGGCGGCACCAACAAGGUCAUGGCGCUGCACCUCGCCGGCGAGCUCGUGCCCAUGCUCAAGAGCGCCGGCGCUCUCUGGCUGUAGGAUUGAGAUCGUCCGCAUGUAUGCAUGCAGUGCGUGCAUGGCUAGCUCUUUCGUCAGAUGUGUGUGGCAGUUUUUUAUGUCCUGUGACCUAUGCUGAUGAGAAUAAUAAUUAACUAAGUGGAGUAAUGUUUUUUAUAACUUUUAUUGACGUUGUAGAUGUACUCUACAUAAUUUAGAUAACUCU